CUAGACCCUACCUAGAAAUGUUAUCAGCUCAACAUGACCCAAAAUCAAUUAAAAUCUGACGGCUAGGAUUAGCUUUCCGAUACAUAAAUAAAAACCAGGGCAUGCCGCCUCAUAGUAAUAAGCCUUCGAGGAGAAGAGAGGGAGCCGUCUUCAGACAUCUUGUGCCACAACAAUGGGUGAGCAAGCAUUCCUCUCCUUCCAAAAACACACUUAGAUUCUGCUUUGUAUCGACCCCUUUUCAUGUUUCAGUCUUUAACGCUGUGUUGUUUCUGGGAUGAUCUUAUUUGUUUAUUUUGGUUAGAAAAUGAGCUUGAUUUUUUUAGCAUGCAAUUUGAUGAACUUGAUCUUUUUGAUGAUAUUAUCGAACUACGUGAUUGAUGGGGUUUAGUUAACUUGUUAAACCAUGUCGAAAACAGAAUGUUUUAGACUGGGUUUGUGAUUCAAUCACUGAUUUUUUCGUGUACUUGAUAUAUGAAAUGACCUCAUUAAGUGGCGUUGCUUUUGUUUGUUUUCCGUGUCGGCAUUUUUUUGGAGACUACUAGACGGAGAAUAGAAACGCGGGGUUUGGUUAUAAUUUGUGAUUUUUGAAUUAAUGAUGAGUGUGGUGAUGUAUAGGGGCUUACAAGUAUGUUUCGGAGCUAUGGUAGUUUCAUAAUCUUCAUCAAUCAAAGGUAGCUUUUAUAUGUCAUUUGAGAUUUAACAUGCAAAGUUUCAAGCAUGAGGCUAACCGUAACAUGUUUUCAACGGAAUUUCUCCAUGAAGCACAAAAACUGAAAAUAAUAGUUUAUUGAGACACCUUGCAACAAUUUGCAUAUUCUCUCUCAAUGGAGAAAAAAAAUCAAAUCAAGUGAAUAUCAAAUUAUGCAGAGCAUCACAUGAUGAACACUUUACAAAUCAAGUAGAAAAAAAAAGGGAAAAAAAACUCACCUGGGAAUGCAUAGCCUCCACCGAGUAAAUUCUCAAACCCUAAACCAGUGCCUUUACAUACUCUCUUAUAACCCCCCAAAAAAAUGGACGAAGGAAUGCAGCAAUUUCAACAAAGCUUAAUCGAGCUCGAAAACGAAGCUGAGCAUCUCCUAUUAGCUCGAAAUCAGGUGAUUGAAAAUGAUAAAGAGAGGAACGGAAACAGAGAAGCAUUGACAGCUUUAAGGAAGAGAGCCAAGACUACAAAAACGAGCAUAAAGUUUCCUUUUGAGUCGAUAAUGAAGGAUAUUGGGAAGCCGGGAUCAAGGACUGCUCCUUUGGUGAAAGAAAUUUGUGGGACUUGUGGUAAUCAUGACGAGAAAGAGAAAACUUGGAUGAUGUUUCCAGGAAGUGAUGUUUUUGCUUGCAUUCCAUUUCAUGCUGCUCACACUAUCUUGGAUAAAGAUCAAGAACGGCUUGAAUAUGAAGCAAAAAAACUGCAAAGCUAUGUAAAGGAAAAGACCCUUCUAAUUUCAGAAAAAGGUGUGCUUGCUGACAUGAUUAGCCCGGGUGUGCUUAGGUCCUUAGUAAACCUUAACAGACAAACCAAAGUAAACUAGGCUUGUAAACUUAACCUUACCUGUUCAACAAUGGUUUUGCAAAUGCUGUGUGAUAGCUCUCUCGUUUAUCUUUCCAUGUUCAGUUUCAACUCGGACAAGGAUUGAGCUUUAUUUCAAGUUAUGUGCCGUUAUUUGGAGUGUUCAUAUUUAGCUUCAGUUAAAAUGGUAUGGUGGCUUCCAGAA